AUGGAUCGGAGUGUGUCUUUGGAUAGUGCAACCUCCGAGAAAUAUUUUCGAGUCGCAUCCAUAUCCAUCGCGUUUUACGAUUAUCUCAUCACGCUUCCCGCAGAAUGGCGGUUUUACCGAAGUCAAUCAUCAAUUUUCCAUCUCAGCCUUUCCUGCGUCUUGUUUAUUCUCAUACGGUAUAUCAGUGUCCUGGUCAUGGCACUCAGUAAUUACGGAUACUUUGCCACCGGAUUUACACAACAAACGUGCCAAUAUUACUAUCUCGCGACGCCUGCCUUCAAGGUCAUACAAUCUAUGAUAUCACAGAUCAUCCUGGGUGUUAGGACGUUCAAUAUCGCAAGGAGAGAUAAGACACUAGGAAUUUUACUGUUACUGCUAUACUUCAUCACCAUUUCGGUGGAAUGGUUCACCAACCUAUAUCACCGAAUCCCUGUCGUUGCUCAAGGAAACUGCACCCCGGUAAAUUCUGGCAAGCUAUUGUCUGCCUGGAUCUACUACCUCGCCGCAAUGUUAUAUGACCUGAUAAUGUUGACGAUUUCCACCAUACAUCUUCUACGUUAUGAUCCGCUCAGCAACAGGUUUGCUAAUUCAUUACCGUCGUUAGAGUGGGUCGAUUGGCAAGUCUGCUCUGCCUGUAACAAUCACCCUCCUAAAAUGUCUUUAGCGACGAACCUAUUAAACCUCAUUCUUUAUCACACGAGCAAUGCCGAGACCCAGGCGUCGGGGGCAUCAAUGGGUUAUGCUGUAACAUGGAUUAUGAGCCAACGGAUUCUUAUAAAUAUACGAGAAAUGACAGAGCCAGACCCUCGAUACUUGGAAAACGUAGUCAUCGCGCGUCCCGCCACAUUCAGCAGCGCGCGGAAGAAUGCGAUGUCCGGUCUCCGCUCGCAGUUCGAAUUAAAAAGCCACUCUAAAAAUUCUAAAAGCCCCAUUAGUCCAGAGUUCCCGCCCACAUCAUCUCGCAGUGGGCAUCCCGAUGGCGUGGAACUCGAUGGUGCUGUCUUCGUAACUUUCCCAACUUGGGGCUGCGUGGAGGAUACAAAGGAUUAUCGAUUAUCACGAACGACAGCAAUCGCCACGAGACUCGUAGGAAGUUGCUUGGUGUGUACUACCGAGUGGCGGGGAUCCAAGGGCCAGACUGGUCGCGAGUUUAAUAUGAGCGCAUACAUGGCUUCCCAGUGGAAGUUGAGGCCUGAGGCGCCCCGCGCGCAAAAGAUCCGCAACUCGGCGCAUGCGUUUACAGCGCCAAUGUGA